AUGAAUCCUCAUCAUCCUGACAAUCGCACCCCGUCGCCUGCGCGGCCAUUGAAUCCAUCGCUACACCCCUACCAACAUGAAACAGAGUUUCAGCCUCUACAGAUGCCCUCGACCGAUCACCUCUUGGACCAGCCAACGUACUCGGUGGAAGGUAUCAACAACUCCUAUGGUCACAAUGAACGAUUCGAGGAGCACGUCCCGCAGACUUACCCUCACGAGUACACGUUACGCCCAGAAGACCACCAUGACGCCUACUACAACCAGCCAUACGAGCCGACAGGAUCGCCUCAUGAUGACUAUGAUCUAGCAAACUACCCUGCACAACACCCAUCUCCUUACCAGGAUGACCGGGUCCCGAUUUUGCAAAGCGACAACCCAUACGGCCCCAAUCCAUUCGAGCCCCCCGCUUACCCGCAGCCUGGAGAGUAUACAGAUGAUCCGCCGUUGCAAGCUGCGCCGUCUCCAAGUCCGACGCCUCUUCGAAGAUGGAAAACAGUCAAGGAGGUGCAGUUGUUUCGCGGAAACUUGGUUCUCGAUUGCCCGGUGCCACCCAAGCUGUUGACCCAGGUUCCCCAUGUCCAGCCACCUGAGCGUGAUGAGUUUACACACAUGCGAUACUCGGCCGCGACGUGCGAUCCAGCCGAGUUCUACAACGAGCAAUUUACGCUUCGACAGACCCUGUUUGCGAAACCGCGCCACACGGAACUUUUCAUCGUCAUUACCAUGUACAAUGAGGACGAGUUUCUGUUUGCGCGUACCUUGAUCGGUGUGUUCAAGAAUAUCGAGUACAUGUGCUCGAGAAGCAAUAGCAAGACAUGGGGCAAGGAAGCAUGGAAGAAGAUCGUGGUUUGCGUUAUCAGUGAUGGUCGUGCCAAAAUCAACCCUCGUACACGCGCUGUACUAGCUGCUCUAGGUGUGUACCAGGAUGGUAUCGCCAAGCAAAAGGUCAAUGGCAAGGACGUGACGGCCCAUAUUUACGAGUACACGACGCAGUUGGCGCUCCAACUCAAGGGUACACAAGUUUCCGUGAAAGGACGAUCUGCCACUCCCGUGCAGAUGGUAUUCUGUCUGAAGGAGAAGAACCAGAAGAAAAUCAAUUCCCACCGCUGGUUUUUCCAGGCCUUUGGUCGCGUGCUCGAUCCCAAUAUUUGUGUUUUGCUCGAUGCCGGUACACGGCCUGGUCGGGAUUCCGUUUACCAUUUGUGGCGAGCAUUCGACUUGGAGCCCAUGUGUGGAGGAGCUUGUGGUGAAAUCAAAGUCAUGUUGGACAAAGGAAAGAAGCUCAUCAACCCGCUGGUCGCGGCUCAAAACUUCGAAUACAAGAUGAGCAACAUUCUGGAUAAACCACUGGAAUCAGCAUUCGGUUUCAUUUCUGUCCUGCCGGGUGCCUUUUCGGCUUACCGAUACGUUGCGCUACAAAACGACAAGACUGGCCAGGGGCCGCUUGAGAAAUAUUUCGCUGGCGAAAAGAUGCACGGUGCCAAUGCCGGAAUUUUCACGGCCAACAUGUACCUGGCCGAAGAUCGAAUUCUUUGCUUUGAGAUUGUCACCAAAAGAAAUUGCCGCUGGCUUUUGUCAUACGUCAAGUCUGCGAAUGGCGAAACGGAUGUGCCUGACCGUAUGGCCGAGUUCAUUCUACAGCGUCGUCGUUGGCUGAACGGAAGUUUCUUCGCCGCGGUCUAUGCUAUUGCCCACUUUUACGAAGUCGGAAGGAGUAGCCACAGUUUCAUGAGAAAGUUCAUGCUUGCUUUUGAGUUCUUCUUCCAGACAGUCAACAUGCUCUUUUCCUGGUUCGCCAUUGGCAAUUUCUUCCUGGUUUUCCACAUCCUGACAGAAUAUCUGGGUUCAGACGACCUUCUGGGAACUGCCGGUAAAGUCUUGGGUGUUGUCUUUGAGUGGAUCUAUCUUUGUACGCUGGUCGCCUGUUUCAUCUUAUCACUGGGUAAUCGACCCCAGGGUUCGAAUAAGUGGUACAUGACCAUGGUCUACUUUUGGGUGAUUGUCAUGAUAUACCUCACGUUUGCAGCAAUCUUCGUCACUGUCAAAUCGAUUCAGGCAGACGUCGCUAAGGAUGGUUUCACAUUUAGUGAUUUGUUUACCAACUCGCAGUUUUUUACUAUUAUUGUGUCUCUUGCUUCGACAUAUGUGAUGUGGUUUGUUGCAUCCUUGGUCUUUUUCGAUCCAUGGCACAUGGUGACUUGCCUCCUCCAAUACCUGCUUCUGUCUCCGACCUACACAAAUGUGCUCAACGUUUAUGCCUUCUGUAAUACUCACGAUGUUACCUGGGGUACAAAGGGUGACGACAAACCCGAAAAGCUGCCUUCUGCCAACGUCAAGCCCGGCGGCAAAGUCGAUGUCAACAUUCCCCAAGAUAGCAGCGAUUUGAACGCCCAGUAUGAGCUCGAACUUACCGCCUUUGCUAGCAAACCACCCAAGGAAGUGCGCAUUGUUCCCGAGGCAGAAAAACAGGAGGAUUAUUACAAGGGAUUCCGAAGUGGAGUCGUGUUGGUGUGGAUCUUUUGCAACUUUGCCCUCGGUGCUGUGGUGUUGAGUACGGCCGGGUUGGAAAACCUUGACUCGAGCACCAGUUCUAGUGACACCGAAAACAAGCGGGCAAACAUCUACAUGUCUGUUAUUUUGUGGAGUGUUGCUGGUCUGUCGUUGAUCAAGUUCUUUGGCGCGAUGUGGUUCUUGGUAGUACGCAUGUUCCGCGGCGUUUAA